GAGUUAGUGAAAUUUUCCAAAGUACCGAAAUUGUCCUUCCACUUGUUUGAAAUUUACAUUCAAGAAGGUCCUUUUUAUCCUUUCCGUUUCCUCUUCUGUGAGCAGCAGCAGCAGCAGCGGUCUCAGACUCUGAGUCUCUCAGAAACUUGGUAGAAUUGAAGAUAUGGUAAAGCGAAUAAGUAGCUAAAGUUUAUGUGUAUUUUCAUAUAAACUCUAGCCUGAGUGAUACAACACAACAGAAAUGGAGGCGAGGGUGUUCCCGCUUACUAGCACAUCAAUUCCAUUUUCACUUUUUCCAUCGUCUUCAACCUAUCCAAGUCUUUGGUUCUCGCCUUUAAGACCCACAUAUGCACCUGGCACAGUAUGCUUUCUGGGUCCUGUAAUGGCAGUCUUGAGGAGGAGCAUGAAAAAGGAAGAGCCACUAUUAGAAGGUCUUCCGAAAGAGUACUACGAUGAUGAAUGGCAAUCACAACAAAGGGAGAAAACUAAGGAGUUUCAUCGAAGACGUCAAGAGGAGGACGAAGAGGAGGAGAGAAAGAUUGAAGAGUACCGUGAGAUUGGCAUGAGAUUGAAGGAUUAUCCAGAAGAAGAUGUUCGGAAAGCUCGGAAAUUGAUUUCCAGCUUUAUUAGAGCGGCUGAAGAAGUGGAAGAGAAAAUUGAGGAAGCUGGUGAGAAAGGGGAACUGACUGAACUUGUUUUGAUGGUCAUAUGGAAUCGCCUUGACCUCGCUCGACGGGAUGAUGAAAAGGAUGUUAUUAGAAGUCUUGACUUGCUAUACAGAAGGAUUGAGGCUGAGAUUUUGAAACAGGAGGCCUCACCUGCCAUGCGACUUCUCAAUGAUCUUUUAAAUAUGCAUGAUGGUUUUGAUGAUGAAGGGUGGCAGAAGGAAUGUAAAAAGCGCAUGAUUGAUACAUUUCCACGCGAGGAUCCAUUUAGCAUUUUAGUUCCAGAAGGAUUUGACAUUGAUAAGCAUGAGGGACCUCUUCGGCCACCGCUUGAAGUAGAUGACGCUCUACUGAGGGUAGACUUUGUAAGAGAGGUUGAUGCACUGCUACAAGAGGUUCGGGCUGAGCAAAGCGAAGUACAAAUUACACAAGGGCUUGAUCCUGAAUCCAUUGCAAGUAGAUUGAAGCAGCAGGAGAAGCAACGGGCCAUACGGCUGGUAGAAGCUAUACUAAACCUGGCCAUUAAUUUAAAAUGGUAGCAACUGAAUGUCUAUUAUAGAGGGCUUGUGGGAGGGAGUUGUUGCAAAUGCAACCCAAGAAACUCUUAGACACAACUGCCCGCAUACAGCAGCUCUCUCACAAUGAUGGUACCACUCUUCAGUCACUUUCAGGACCGCCCACUAUUUAGUGUAGCAUUACUUUUCUUGUUAUGAACUUAUAUAUAGGUAGGUAUUGGAGAAAAUGUCAGCUAUUUGUCAGCUACAUGUCAGAAGCAUAAAUGUAAAAGCGGAACAGAAGGCAAUGCGGUUCUAUUGCUACCUAAAACCUUGUUGAAUGAAUGAAGCAAAACAACAAAAUUAAGCCUUGCA